ACCAUGCACAUGAGGCCGAGGGUUGUUUACAUCUGGCGUUGUUUUGCUCGCUGCAGCAUCCGUGACGACAGGUGAAGUUCGCGACGGGUCCCGCUCGCUGCCAGCCAUGACUGUCUGUGACAAGAUGAUAACGAAACAGUGUCGUGCGGUGUGAGCGUGGCGCGAUAUUGUUUAAAUAAAUAAAUCUUUCCAAAUCCUAGUGCCAAACUUGUGCGAAAAUUGGGUCAUUUCGCUGCGGCGCGGAGUUGGCAAUGUGGCCGACCACCGCGUAACUUUCGCCAAACAAGCACUCGCAGUAAAACGGUCAUAAAUGCAUUUUUGGAUCAACAAGAGUCAAGGUUGUGGCUUCAACGGUAGAUACGUGCCGCCUUCGAUAUCAGCUGGCACGCGACGCAACCAAGUCCCUAAGCCAAUGGUCACUCCGGUGCAUCGCUUCCAGUCGAUCGAGAGUGUCGCAUCCGGCGGCCUGCACGCUCACCUGCACGGCCACCACGGACAAAACCACAGCCACCAGAGUCAUCAUCACGCGCACCACCAGCACCCACCGUCGGGUCACCAUCAAUCUCAUCGUCAUCCGCGCGCGCCAUCCUAUCACACACGAUUUCCGGUACCACAGCAAAACGCUAGCAGCCAUCAGCGUUCUUCGCGGCGUGUCUCCAUUGAUUAUGUGUCCAACGGUCAUCGCGGUACCCUCACCCCUAUCAAUUCCUCCGGUGGGCAUGGCAGCGAUGGCACCAACGGCCACGUGGUCAACUCCACCACCGCCAAAUUGAAGUGUGGUGUUUGGGCGAUCAUCAGCCUCGUGCCGUUUAUGGUCGUCGCUAGCAAAUACUAUCUCCAUGGGGUAAAUACAGCAUCUGGUAACGCGUCUUUCUUCAACAUGAGUUCAUUGCAGGAAAGUGUCGGUGCGGAGCUGCUCGUGUUCUUGAUCAUGCUCCUGCUAAUCCUACUCGCGGUCGGCUUUGUUUCGUUAUUCGAGGCGUUCAGCCAGAAGCGCACCAGCCGGUCACCGUCGGUGGUGCAGAUCUCCAGCGAGCAGAACGACACGUUCGAGGAGUCGCACGCAUCGAGCGCGACCAAUCCGCCCCCGACGCACGCCGUCGUCAACAUGAGCGCCGCCAAUGUGGCCGCGCUUGAGCUGCCGCCGCCGCCGUACCACAUCGCCGUCACGCUGCCGCCCGCGCACCCGCAUAACGAGCGCCUCACCAUUAUCCAAGACUCGCCGCCGCCAACCUACGAAAAGGCCGUCACAUAAACCGCAAUCGAUGCACACUCACACUUUGACCUUCCCCCAACACCCUCCCGACACCCAAACUUCCGCCAUACCAAAUUUGAUAGAAAUAAUUCGCACAAAUAAAUUCAAAACCAGAUAUAAAUCUAUAUAUAUAUGACAAAAUGUGUUCAUCGUAAAUGUUGCAUUGUAGACGUGUGUUGAGAAUGCCAAAAAAAUAAGAAAAGAAAUGCUGCGCAGAUGAGCGACUGAAUUUUCUUGAGAUUUUCGUUUGGACGAUUCCCCGACGCGUUGGUCGAUGAUUGAAUCCGGGCUGUGCGUUUAUAUUAUAUAAUAAUAAGAGAAAAGAUGAAAACAAAACAAAAAAAACACAAGAACAAAGAACCUUACGUUUGAUAUGUAAAUUAUUUCUCGUUCGUCUAUAUAAUUCGAAUGUUACGCAUGUAUUCUGAUCUUUAUUAAUCGUACGAAUGUGACAAAAACCAAAUGUAAGGUGUUUUAAGGAACGAAUCAAAU